AUGAGAUAUGACGUAGCAUGGCACUCGCUUCGAAUACAGUCUCAUCAAAUCCAUACCAGUAUCCCGUCCCUUGGGAUCGAAGAGGUAAAAUCACCAACUUUCCCAGAUUCAGUUACCAGCGGUGACAUCAAAUUAAUAAAGAAGGAGGGAGAUGCAGUUGCCAUGGACGAAGUAGUUUUGGAGAUAGAAACAGACAAAACCGCGUUGCCAGUGAUGUCUCCCGGCAAUGGAAAGAUCGUCAAGAUGUAUGUGAAGAACGGCGAUUCUGUUAAGUCACAGCAACCAUUGUUCCAAGUUGACGUGACAGGCGUAGCACCGGCUCCAGCAGCUGCCGCCCCCGCCCCCGCGGCCCCGAAGCCCGCCGCCCCCGCCCCGGCACCCGCUGCAGCCCCCGCGGCGCCCAAACCUGCUGCUGCCGCCCCAGCCGCCAAGGCCCCCGCACCAGCUAAAGCGGCGAAGAAACCUGCGGCACCAGCAGGACCUACGUUGGCUGCGCAAAAACUCGGCGAUCCAUCGAAAAUGAUAUCUGGCACACGCACAGAGUUCCCAGUACCCAUGAACAGGAUGAGAAAACGAAUCGCAGAGAGGCUAAAAGAAGCGCAGAACACUUGCGCCAUGCUAACUACCUUCAAUGAAUGUGAUAUGAGCAAGCUUAUGGCGUUCCGUAAGGCGAAUUUGGAAGCGUUUACGAAGAAAUACGGAGUAAAGCUCUCCUUCAUGUCACCAUUUCUAAAAGCCGCAGCCAACGCGCUUCAAGACCAACCCGUUAUCAAUGGAGUGAUUAUUGGCGAUAAUGUAAUUUAUAGAGAUUAUGUUGAUAUUUCUGUGGCUGUGGCAACACCAAAGGGCCUCGUUACUCCUGUAAUUCGAAAUGUGGAAUCAAUGGACUAUCCAAAAAUAGAAUUAACAAUUGCAUCUGUCGCUGAGAGGGCUAGAAAUGGUAAGCUAACGCCAGCGGAUAUGCAAGGAGGGACGUUCACAAUAAGCAAUGGGGGUGUGUUCGGGUCCCUGCUGUCCAUGCCGAUUAUAAACAUGCCCCAAUCCGCCAUACUUGGCAUGCACGCUAUUGUGCAGCGACCGGUCGCGAUACAGGGCAAGGUUGAAAUAAGACCAAUGAUGUAUUUGGCCCUAUCAUAUGACCACAGAUUAGUAGACGGACGUGAAGCUGUAUACUUCUUGAAGAAAGUACGAUCAGGAGUAGAAGAUCCUACGUCAAUAUUAGCAGGAAUUUAA